AUGCGGAGUGCGCGCGGGGCGGCGCUGGCUGGCUGGGCCCGGGCGGCGGAGGGGACCCUGGGGGGGGCCGGGGCGCUGCGGAGCCUUCACCGCCCGCUGCCUCUGCCCGGGCCCGGGCGCAGCGCGGCGCAGCGCGACCCGCGGGGCUGGCAGGAGACCCUCGGUGCCGCCGUGACCGCGCUGCGGGAGGGCGGCCUGGUAGCGGUCCCGACCGACACCGUCUACGGGAUCGCCUGUCUGGCCCAGAGUUCUCGGGCGGUCCGAAAGAUCUACAGUCUGAAAGGGCGUAAUGGGGGCAAACCGCUGGCGAUCUGCCUGGGAGAUGUGGAGCAUAUUUACAGGUACUGCCAUGUCAAUGUGCCAGAAGAGCUGCUCCAGGACCUCCUCCCAGGACCUGUGACCUUGGUAUUGCAACGCUCAGAAGGACUCAAUAAAGACCUGAACCCUUUCACGUCGUUGGUUGGCGUUCGUAUUCCAAAUCAUGCUUUUAUUAGGGAGUUGGCACAGGCUUGCUCAGGACCACUGGCUUUAACGAGUGCUAACAUCAGUACUCGGGCGAGCACACUGACUGUCUCGGAAUUCCAAGACCUCUGGCCUCAGUUAUCCUUGGUCAUUGAUGGAGGUGCAAUUGGAGAUAUCCGGAGUCCAGAGUGUCGUCUGGGGUCAACUGUGGUCGACUUGUCUGUAUCUGGGAAAUAUACCAUUAUUCGGCCUGGCUGUGCACUGACACCGACAGUUGAAAUCCUGGGGAAGAAAUAUGGCUUGACAUCAGAACCUUCUUGUUCGUGAGAUACCAAACUCUGGAAGCUGUGCAGUCGGUAAAAGUGGGCACCAUGUGUCCGUCUCUUCAGGAAGCCAGUGUCCAUGGCCUCGUUUAAUAAGGUCAAUGGUUGUAUCAGUCCUCAUGUCUCACCCUGGGUUACCAUACAAGGGAUCAUUUGCCUUGCGCAAUGGGGUUUACUAGGAUUUGAAAUAAACAAAUGUCUGUUUGCGAUAUCUUGGCAAACUGCUGCUCUGGCAUGGGACAGAGGAUAGUGUUUUACUGAAAUACCUGUGUACAGCACUUGGGUUUGAUUCAGAUUUAAAGGCGACUGAUUGCUGCUUUGACUUAAAAACACACCACAGUGUGUGGUGUUUUGUUUUUCUUCUGUUUUACUUAGAAAUAUCAGGAAUGCACAGUCUCCUCUUGCUUUGUUUUGCAGGAGUGAGCUUUGUCUCCUUUAGUAAAGAGAAUCCUUCUUCCACCUGUCUGUUUGACUUAAAUAGCAGAGCAACUGAAAGGAAAAUGGCUUUUUAUUUUGGCAUAAUCAGUUUCUCAUGAUGCCAUAAUCUUACUGUUCUCCAGCAAAAAGUAGUGACUCUAGACCUGAUAUUUCUAACGGUGCCAAACAGGAGAAACUUUUCAGCUGCUUUUUAGUUAUCAGAAAAGCAUCUCUUUUGCAAGUCAUCUAAGUUUUAUUUUAAGUGAUGGUUGCUAAUCCUAAUACUAGACUAAAUUAUUCCUUUUUUUUCCUUGUAAAAGGAGACAGGACAGAUCCUAAAGUGCAGUCUUUUGAGUCCCUCAUGAACUGUUCCCUUCAUCACCCAUGAAGUUGUUGCUUUCUCUACUUAGCUGACCCGCGGACAAGGAUCGGUCUGUAGUUUUUAUAAAUCUUAAUUCAGUGAGAUUGUUAGAACAGGAGGAGGCCAAAAGGGUCUGAGCCAGUAUUUAUUCUUCUGGGAACACUAAAGUGAAAUUAAUCUGUUCAUGGAGAUAUUUACUAGUGUUUAAAAACUGGUGACCAAACUGUUUGUUUUUGAAACAAUUCUGUUAUAAAUGGUUAGAUUUAAGAUGUUUGUGUUUGUGCCAUUAAAGUGUGAAUUUUGUACAUACA